AUGGCACAGUGCUAUGUCGAUGCCGACUAUCAAAAAGCUAAAAUUCCAGGUGAUGGAAUAACCGAAAUGGAAGAAGUUUUGGAGCCCCAUUAUACUUUUGGUAAUUACAUCAAUGGAUGUAUUAAAAUUAAAGAAUUGCUUGCAAAUAAUUUUGCCUCAUCGGGUCUAGAUGAAUGGAUUGUUGAAAUGAAAAAAGAAUUAAAAGAAAAAUAUGACAGCAAAAUUAGAAGUUUUGCCAAAAUUGGGAUUAGUGAAAGAAUUGAUAUUUCUGAAUUUGAUAGGGAAAAUGAAGCAAAAUUUUAUUAUUGGAAACAAAAUUCAGAGGAAAGAUUAAAAGAAAUUUUUGUUGAAAAAAAUUAUUUGGAAUUUAAAAAAUGGUUAGAAGGAAAAACAAAAAAAGAAAAUAAAAAAUCUGAAAGAAUUAGUGGAUCUGAUAGUAAAAGUAGUGAAGAUGAAAGUAAAGAAUUAAAAGAUACUGAAACUGAAAAAGUAUUUAGCAAUUCAAAUGAAAAUUUAAAAAUUAUUUUUGUUAAAGAAAAUUUGGAGAAAUAUAAAUUUUGGUUAAAAAAUUUGGAAAAAAAUCCAGAAAAUUUUAAAAAGAUUUAUAUAAAAGAAAUUGAAUUGGCUUUUAAUUAUUGGCGUAGAAGAACUAAUCAUUUUGGAAUAUUUUUGAAGGCGGCAUAUCUUAAAUUUGCUAAAGUUUUCGUUGACAAACUUAAGGUGGAAAAUACUAUAUUGCCAAAUAUUUCAAUUUCCAACAUUCAUAACAAAAAAUUUUAUUUAUUUAAAAUACGUGAAAAAUGA